CCUGGACUCAAUUGUAUACACUGACAAUUUUCUCACCCAUUCAUUUCUAAUGGCUGGUCAUUUUUGACUGGGAAUACACAGGUAUUCUGAAAACACCCAAAUUGUUAUGAAAAUUAUCAACGUUUGUUUUGUGUGUUCAGAUGCCCUCUGUUAACAAAGUCAUGGAGCCUCAUGAUGGUCAGAAUAGAUUAACAGUAUUUUUUAGAGAAAAUAAUUGUCCAUUGGUCAAAUUUGACCGCAAACACAACAGGAGGGUUAAGUCCAUUAAUCAAAACCUUUUGUUAGUCCCACAAACUUCAGAGGUGUGGGGAUAAAGCGUUUGCCUCUACUGCCCCAAAGUCUCUGGAAUGCUCUUUCAAAUAGCAUUAUAGGUUUGCUGAAAAAUAUUGAGCGUUUUAAGGGGCAACUGAAGACUCAUUUAUUUAGAUUAGCUUUUGGGUAACUUCUUUGUACAAUAUCCUAUUCAUUUUAUUUGUUUUUAUUAAGUUUAAUUUUAUCUAAUUUAUUUACCCUUAAAUUCUAUAUUGCUAUUACCGGUAUGCUUUUAUUUUUCAUGCAUUUUUUGUGAAGCUCUUUGUGAUCCUGUCUGUGAAAAAUGCUAUAUAAAUAAAAUGUACUGACUCACUAAAAUAGCAUCUUUAGGACCAUUAAUGAUGGGUUGUAAAAUAUUGGAGCUGUGGGAAAUUGGCAAAGCUUAAACUGUUAUGUCAAGAAUUUACAACUCAGUAGUGGAUAUAUCCAAAGAGGAAAUACAGGAUAUAUUGGCAUUAUUGCAUACAUUAAUUGAACGAUUCAUUCAUCCAUUGACCUUUAUUGACACACAGAAAGACACCUUGGGGCCUUGUCUCUCUUAUUUGUCCUGGGAGUACAACAAAAAAACAGCUGAGACAACUGCUCAGGGACAACGGUCACAGACACUGAAGCCACCCCAGACUCCAGCCAUCCAGUAAUAAUAACAAUUGGGACCCCAAAAUGACCGCAACCCUGAAGGAAGUGAUGAGGAACACCCUGGACAAUCUCACAGGGGCUGACUUUAAGAGGUUUAAACAUUACCUACGAGACCAGGGUCGAUUCGCAUGGGGGAAGCUGGAGAAGGCCGACACAGACGAUGCUGUGGACAUGAUGGUGCAGGCAAACAGCAUGGGAGCUGGGGGCGUCAUGUUGACCAUCUUGCAGAAGAUGAACCACAACCAGCUGGCCAUGGACUUGGAGAGGGAUCUGGCAAAAUUGGGGAGUCAGCCGUGUAACCCGUGGCAGGGCGGAGGAGGUGGAGGGGUCAACGUGAACGUGGCGGCUCACUCUGGAGGGAUGGUGAACGCCCCGUCCAUGAGCGGCUGCACCAUCAACGGCCCUCUCACCUUCAGCUACGGAGGAGUGCCCAACGCACAGCAAGGAGGGGUCCCUUACUAUGGACAAGAUCCGUUUGGCAUCAAAAAAGGAGGCCAAGAGUUUUUCUGCAAACACAAGUGGGACCUAGAGACACGUCUUGGUGUCCUUCCACCUCUUCUAAUCGAGCUGGAGCGUUACGGUGUCCUCUCUCGUCUAGAGAGGGAACAGGUGCAGUGCAAGCCGACCAGCCAAGAGAAGAACCAUGUUCUCCUAGACAUGAUUGAGAGGAAAGGAGCCGUGGCCCAAGAGAAGUUUUAUGAAGCUCUCCAGGCUCAUGAACAAUAUCUGGUGCAGGAUCUCCAGCAAUCAGCUAUGUAGAUCUUCUGCUAUGUUUUUUUUUUUUAAACAGAAAAUUAAGUUUUAAACCCGAUGGUUUGGCUUGUUACCAGGAGAACCAAUUGUGGUUCUACACAGGUCUCAUAAAUUCAUUAUUAUAUGGCUCUGCGGGUAAUGGUUUGUCAACAAUUAACCCUUAAAUGUGUCUGCUGAAAACAUGGACAAUAGUUAACUUACAAUAUAUAGACUAGAUGUAUAAAAUGAUGAACGGAUCGAUUUUAAUUAAAAAAAAAGAAAACACACUCAUUUAAAAGUGCUAUGUAUAGUUUGUCUACACAUAGCUGCCCAGAUAAAGUGAGCUUUAGUGCCGGCGCUGGGCUGCCUCUCUCGUAAUACCAACCAGCUAUAGUGCCGGUGCUGGGCUGCCUCUCUCGUAAUACCAACCAGCUAUAGUGCCGGCGCUGGGCUGCCUCUCUUGUAAUACCAUUUUGUUCCAUGUGUGGCGCUGUAUCAAAUACAAUGACCAUGAUAUGACGUCAAGACACCCUGAGUCCUAUAGAACUCUACACAUAGCCCCUUAAAAUGUACCAUGUUGUUUCUCUCAGGUAAACUAAUGUAAGUAAGUCCCGACAGGGCGAACCGGACCCCGCCGCGCAGCGGAGGGGUCUUGUUCCGCCCUGAAGGGACUUAUUUU